AAACUUGGUACACACAUAGUAUGAACAACACAUCAAAUGGCCCCUCAAAAGACCAUUGGAGAUUAGGCUCUAAACCAAUGCUCAGCCAGACACUCAUUUUCCCAUUUCCUCUCCCUCUUUCUUCGUCUUUGUCAUCUCAUGCAAUGUGUUGAUGGCGCCGGAGCAUAGCGACGUGCAUGAGAAUGCUGUGGGGGUGGGGGUGGGGGUGUCCAAUGGGAUUGAUGGAGGUGAUGAUAAGAAUAAAGUAGCCAGGCAUCCUCGGUGGACCAGACAGGAAACGUUUGUCCUCAUUCAAGGGAAGAAGAUUGCAGAGAAUCGGGUUAGGAGGGGGAGGAGAUCCUCUUCUGCUUUUGGGUCCGACCAGGUGGAACCCAAGUGGGAUUCAGUCUCAUCUUAUUGCAGAAGGCAUGGUGUCAACAGGGGUCCUGUCCAGUGCCGGAAGAGGUGGAGCAAUCUCGUUGGGGACUUCAAGAAGAUCAAAACAUGGGAGUCUGAGGUCAGGGAGGAUGCUGAAUCGUUCUGGGUGUUGAGGAAUGAUUUGAGGAGGGAGAGGAAGUUGCCGGGCUUCUUUGAUAGGGAGGUUUACGAUGUCUUGGAUGGAAGGGCGUUUAGUGCAACAGCCUUCCCGCUGGCGCUGGUCUCUGCAAUGCCAGAUGUGAAGAGCAGCGAUGGAAUGGAGCCUGUGGCAGUGGCUGUGGAGGCAGAGGAGGAGGAGGGGGAGGAGGAAGAGGAGGAGGAGGAAGCAGUUUUCGACAGCGGUAGACAGGCUGCAGCAGAAGACGGUCUGUUUUCGGAUUCUGAACAGUUGGGGCAGGAGGAAGCCAGUGGGAGUUUGGAGAAGGAAACCACUGCUGCUACAGAGAGUCCUACACAGACAACCCCUAUACCAUUGCCUAUUUCAGAGAGGAAGUUUCAAAAGUUCUAUCAGGGAUGCACCUCUCAAGGAAAACAGAAAGGAAAACAACACUGCUCAGAUGCUUGGACAGGACCUAUGUCUGAGGAGAGGUGGAAGCGAAGGCGGGUUUCGGUGGACGGGUGUGCGGAAACUAACAUGGAAGAGCAGCUGAUCAAAGUUCUGGAAAGAAAUAGUAAAAGGCUCAAUGCACAACUUGAAGCUCAGAAUGUAAACUCUCAACUGGAUAGGGAUCAGAGGAAGGAUCAUGCCAACAGUUUAGUUGCUGCUCUGAGUAAGCUCACAGAUGCUAUAGUAAGAAUUGCUGAUAAAUUAUAGCCAAGGACCAUGGGAAUCUAGAAGAUCAUGGAGAAUUAGCAAGGAAUUUAGCAGGUAAGAGUUUAUAUGACAGAUGUCACACCUCAUACUUCCUCUCAACCCAUUUACAGAUAAGCAGCAUUGAUGCUGCCUUUAUAGUCUUUCACUUAGGUGAUAUAUUGCGAUUGAACAUUUAAUCUGCUCAAAUAAAAGUUUCAGAUGUCUUGUAGUCA